GACGUUGGCUCUUGCAUUGCAGCCGAGUCGUGUUUCUUCUGUUCCCUCGCCAGCGAUCGGCCAAUCAGAGCGCGACACACGCCCGAUGACGGCGACGGCACCCUUCACUUGGAAGACGAGCUCUGGCAGUGGUUGUCGCUACUGCUUGUCGUGAAGUUUCUCUUACAGGACACGAUAAAAUGGCGCUCAGCCUGUGUAGGCUCGCCGUGGCACUUUGCGCCCUGAGUGCGGUCGCUGUGGCCGACUCCGUCCUGGACUGGGGAGACAGCGACUUCUCCACUGUCAUCAACGAACAUGACACCGCUCUGGUCAUGUUUUACGCCCCCUGGUGCGGCCACUGCAAACGGCUUAAGCCCGAGUAUGAAAAGGCGGCUCAGCUCCUGGUAGGCAACGACCCCCCGAUCGCCAUCGCCAAGGUGGACUGCACUGAGGCUGGCAAGGACACUUGCGGCAAGUUUGGAGUGACUGGCUACCCAACACUCAAGAUCUUCCGUGGAGGCGAAGUCUCCCAGGACUACAAUGGCCCACGAGAGGCUUCUGGCAUUGUCAAAUACAUGAGGGCGCAGGUUGGACCAAGCUCUGUUGAACUGUCCGCUGUGAAGGCAUUUGAAGACUUCAUCGCGAAGUCAGAUGUUGGAGUUGUCGGUUUCUUCCCUGACAACUCUGAUCUCAAGUCCACUUACCUGAAGGUUGCUGAUAAGCUCCGUGAGAAAGUACGCUUUGCCCAUACAUCAGUUAAGGAAAUUCUCGACAAGCAGUCAAUCAAGUCUGACUCCAUUUUGCUGUUCCGUCCACCUCAAAUGCAGAGCAAAUUUGAGCCUAAUACUAUCACAUAUGAGGGUUCUGCUGACAAAUCUGGUCUGGAAUCCUUCAUCAACAAGAACUUCCAUGGGCUUGUUGGCCACCGUCAGAGAGAUAACAUGAAUGAUUUCAAGAGCCCUGUUGUAAUUGCUUAUUUCAAUGUGGACUAUGCCAAGAACACGAAAGGUACCAACUACUGGAGAAAUCGUAUUUUGAAAGUUGCUCAGAACUAUGCUGACAGCUUCACAUUUGCCAUCAGUUCUAAGGAUGAUUUCCAACAUGAACUCAAUGAAUUUGGAAUUGAUUAUGUUCCUGGUGACAAGCCAAAGGUUGCUGCCCGUAAUGCCAAAGAGCAAAAGUUUAUCAUGAAGGAUGAGUUCUCUAUGGAGACAUUCGAACAGUUCCUGAAGGACCUCAAAGCUGACGCCCUUGAACCAUUCCUGAAAUCUGAGCCUAUUCCUGAUGACAACAGUGGUCCUGUAAAGGUUGCUGUAGGCAAGAACUUCGAUGAAAUUGUACUUAAUAAUGAUAAGGAUAUUUUCAUUGAGUUCUAUGCUCCCUGGUGUGGCCACUGCAAGAAACUUGCACCCAUCUGGGAUGAGUUGGGAGAGAAGAUGAAAGAUGAGGAUGUCGAAAUUGUGAAGAUGGAUGCCUCUAACAAUGAUGUGCCAAGUCCGUUUGAUGUCCGAGGCUUCCCAACACUUUACUGGGUUCCCAAGGAUAAGAAGUCCAGCCCUGUGAGAUAUGAGGGUGGCCGAGAUGUCGAAGACUUUGUUAAAUAUGUUGCUGAACAUGCAACUGACGAGCUGAAGAGCUUUGAUAGGAAAGGAAAGGCCAAGAAAGAAGAAUUGUAGUUAUACUUAAAAUUGAUCAAAAACGAAUUUUAAUUUUUAGGGUGUGAUUGGUUGUGUCAUUUGUUGUACCAUGUCGUUGAUCUGAUCUGUCUUUGUGCUGGCAUUGCUAAGUUCUGGUCAGAUGUCUGCAAAUUUUAAGUCCUCAUGAUAAGCAGUUUCCUGCAAGUGAUAUUCCUUUUAGUGGAUACUUUUUAUAUCAUUUCCACUUAUUUCUUUUAAAGAAGAAAUGUUCGUUCCAACUAAUGUGACUGAUAAUAUAAUGAAUUUUUAAAUUAAUCCAGUUUAUUUAUAAGUUGUCCUUGUUCCUUUGAACUAUUCUGAAUGUAUUGGUUCUAAUUAUCCAUAUCACAUCAGAAUUUUGUACCUGUUGCUGUCUCAUUAAAUGUCAAUUCCAUUUAA